AUGACCACUACAACAGAACCUAGCCAGCCCCUCCAGCCAAUCAACAAGACGGAAGGAGCCGAGUCUCCGGACUCUGUAACUGCUCCGAAAGCUGCUGUUGGAUUCGAUACAACUGACCAAAAACUGCGAGUCAUCACAGCUGAAGAUGUCAUAGAAAAUAAGGAAAAAGGAGAUUCUGUCGACGUGGAUGGACGUAUGCUGACUAUUCUCGAGUUUUGCGAUUCAGUUGAGUCAGCUCGUGCUUCAUGUGAGAAUCAUGUCAAUGGGAUGAACGGAAUGGGUCUCUCGUCUAUUAAGUACGAGCAUGAGGAUGACAACGAUACAGCGCAGGAGACGUCGACAUCCGGAAUGGGGGAAAAGGACGGUGACAUGGAUAUGGGAGAGUUGGAUGAAGAUGUGAUGGAUGAUGAAGUCAAUGGAAUCGAUGGGCUCGAUGGAACUGGAUUCGGUGGUGUUGCUGCACUUGGAUUCGUGGCUGAUUUACAACAACAAAUUGACGAAUUGAAAAGUACAGUGAGAGAUGCAGUCGCUCUAACGAUGAAUGACCUUCAACAUGAUAUGGAUCGGAUUCAAAUGAAGCAGGAAGCACUUGUCAAGUUUUAUCAGAAGUUUGUUGGCACUGGACGAGAUGGACGUCUCAUGGAACCAUUCAGUGAAAAGUUUCCAUCAAGACCGUUCGAUGGACCACAUGUUACUUCUCAACAAACAGGAAAAAGUGCAACAGAAACAGUAAAUUCACAUUUCGGAGAGCUCGAGAAAUUGUGGGGAAAUAGACAAGUUGAAACUGAAAAAUUCGUUCGGAACGAAAUUCUGAGUAAUCCAUUGCUCAUGGGGAUGAAAGCAAAGUCAAAACCAAGUAUUUCCACUCCUACUGUCAACUCUGCUAAACGUCCAACUGAAGCAUCAGACAACGGCGAAUUAGAAUAUACUUUUGGAACGAAUGGAACACAGGGAAAACGAAUUGUAAACGGAAUUGUGAAAGCUGUUGAUAAGCUCUACUAUCCAUUUAUCACACGUGAAGAAGAGGAAGAAUGUUUGGAAGCCGCUAAUGGACAAGCUCCGAUUUAUGCUCAACUUCUCGCAAAGAAUCUCUUCGCAGAUACUAUUAUGAUGUACUUCAAAGAUCAAGAUACCGCAAAAAGAAACUGGCUUCAUGAUGCUGUUGACUAUCGUUUCCCAACAUUGGAUAAACCAACUCAUGUUUCCAAAUGGAAGAACUGUUCAUUCUUCAUCAACAAAAACAUGAGAGAAGCAGUUAUUGCAAGUGGUAAUCCAAUGCCAAGAGCUCCAUGUGGUCCACGUGGACCAAUCGGACCAAAAGAUAAAUUCAAAAAUGAUUCCAAAGGAAGUGAUGAUACAUCAUUGCAAGGUGAUGAGGAGGAAGAUGAAGUUGUUGCUGUUCGUACUCCAAAGCCAAGGUCCAUGGCACGUGUUAAUCGAGAAUCAUCUUUGGAAGGAAUCGAUUGGGAUUAUUUGGAUUCUUCCUAUGAGAAAGAAUGCUAUGAAGAAUGCCGUGGUGAUCAAUACAAAUAUGCCGAAUUGAUGGCUCUUCGUCUUUUCAGUACGAGUCUCGCUAUUAAAUUCAAAGAACAAGAUCAAGUCAGAAAGGAAUGGCUCCGAACUUGUGUUGAAACAAGAUUCCCGAUCGAUGAUCGUGAGCGCAAUGAUCAAAGAUGGAAAAUCUGCGGUCAGACUUGCAAUCGCAAUCGAACCAAAAUUGUUGGUGCUGAUGGUCGUGAAGAAAGAUAUCCGUACUUUGAUCAAUCAGUUGAAGAAGAAUGUUUCCGCCAAUGUGAUGGACAAGUAUCUGUAUACGCUGAACUGAUGAAUGCUAAACUAUUCCCAAAUUCACAACAUAUGUUCUUCAAGGACCAAGAUCUCGGAAAAAGGAAUUGGCUUCAUACCAUCCUUGACAAAAGAUUCCCAUCGACUGAUAAAGUUACACAAACUUCGAAAUGGAAGGCCUGUACAAAUGCAAUCAAUAAGAAACUAUUCGAUGGAACAGUCACUCCAAUCACUAAAGAAGCGCUCAUGAGCAGUACAGAGCUCGAUAACUCAAAAAUUUCAAUCCAAGAAGAAGAGACGCCAAGAUCAUCUGUAGCUCGAUUUGAAAGACGUCCACAAUCCGAAGUGUCAACAGUUGCUGGAAGUUUGAAGCGAAAAGCUGAUGAUAAUGAUACUCCAAUUGUUCCUGCAGCAAAAAGAGAAAGUAUUCGAAACAAGCAGAAGAAGGAAAAGGAACUAUAUUCAGCAUAUCCAUAUGUGUCGGAAGAAGAAGAGGUUUCAAUCUUCGAAGCGUGUAACGGAAAUCCACAAGUAUACGGAAGAGAAUUGGGAAGAAUAUUGUUUUCGGACACAAUCAAGAAUUAUUUCAAGGAUCAAGAUGCCGACAAACGACAAUGGAUUCACGAAAUACUUGACUUCCGUUUCCCUUCAAAAAAUCAACUGGAGAGCAAACAGAAAUGGAAAAAUGUGACUGCUGCCAUCAAUAGAAACAUGACUACUGCGGUUGUUUCUCGUCGUUCUCUUCCCCGUUAA